GGCUGCUGCAAGGGACAACCGGACAGAGUAACAAGUUUCUUGCUUGUCUAGCUAGCCUCUUCUCUUGUUUGCCUCUUCACCUGUAUUGAGGAUAAAGAAGUUGAGUGCGUUUAAGUUACUGGAUCAUCAUCUCUUGCCGUCCAUAUACUAUACGGCGGCCAUAUUCAGCAGCCAGGGGAAGCAUUAUAUAUGGACCAACGUCUCCUGGAAGCAGCCACACGUGGUGACGCUCCAUUAAUGAAGCAACUACUAGCUGCACCUGGUGACUCGGACGUGCUGCUCGGGACGACUCCACGGGGAAACAACUGCCUCCACAUCGCCUCCAUCCAGGGCCACGAGGAAUUCUGCAAGGAUGUCCUGACGACGCUCGACCAUUCUCCGGCUCUCCUCUCGGCCGUCAACAAUGAUGGCGAGACGCCGCUGCUCACCGCAGUGACAAGGGGCCGUGUUCCUCUGGCCUCUUUUUUACUCGGGUGCUGCCGUGACCAGCAGCUGAGCGAGACGAUCCUGAAGCAAGACAAGCACGGAUGCAACGCCCUGCACCACGCAAUACGCAGCAGGCUCAGGGACCUCGCGCUGGAGCUGAUACAAGUGGAGCCUGCUCUGUCGGAAGCUGUGAACCAAUCCGGCGAGUCACCCAUGUUCAUCGCGGUGAUGAGGAAUUAUGAGGACGUCUUCGAGAAAUUGUUGGAGAUUCCGAGUUCUGCUCAUGGCGGACCCGGAGGCAUCAAUGCUCUGUAUGCUGCCGCGAGAAACAGUAACUCAGUCAUCGCUAAAAUGAUUAUGGAGACACGCCCUGCUCUGGCCAGUGAAGAAGAGGGAAGGAACAAGAAUACUCCACUGCAGCUGGCUACACUUUGUGGCAGGAUUGACGUAGUAAGAGUACUGUUGGAACACGAUCGGUCUUUAGGGUACAGGUUCUCCGCAGAUGGGGAACCACUUCUCGUUUCUGCUGCAUUCCGAGGCCAUGUCAGUGUCGCUCGAGAGCUCCUUAAAUAUUGUCCAGAUGCGCCCUAUACCUACACAAGUAACGGUUGGACAUGUCUGUACGUAGCUGCAAUCUUUCAACAGACGGAGUUUGUAGAAUUUGUGCUGGGUUUGCCACAGCUCCGUGGACUCAUUAACAUGCAAGAUUCAGACGGAAAUACUGCUCUGCAUCUCGCAGUCGCCGUCUGCAAUCCCAAGAUAGUCGCUGCUUUACUGCUUCGCCAAGACAUUGACGUCACAAUGAUGAACAAAAAGACUAUCACGCCAAUCAUGGUAUUAUCUGGUGCCGCCGACAAAGCCAAGACAUUAAACUGGAACGAAGUGUUUAUGCUUAUGUUGAAAGCUGAUCCUCAAGAUGCAAGUUCUAUCGCUGUUAUCCACAAUGAAGUCAAGGCCAAAGUGACAAUAUCAACAAGGGAGGCUAUCAAGUCACUGACUCUAACAUACACAGGCAACACUUCCCUAGUGGCUAUCCUCAUCACCACGAUUACCUUUGCAGCUGCUUUCACAUUGCCUGGAGGUUAUAGCACUGAUCCUGGAGACGAGGGGCUUCCCACCAUGGCAAGGAAGUUUGCAUUUAAGGCAUUCUUGAUCUCAGAUACCAUGGCAAUGUGCUCCUCACUUGCUGUUGCCUUUAUAUGCAUCAUAGCAAGAUGGGGGGAUCUUGAGUUCUUGCUUUACUACAGAUCUUUUACCAAGAAGCUCAUGUGGUUUGCAUGCAUGGCAACCACCACAGCAUUCGCAACUGGUUUAUACACAGUUCUGUCUACUCGUCUCCUAUGGCUAGCUGUUGCGGUCUGCGUUCUGACGUCUUUACUGCCCAUUCUUACAAAGCUUCUUGGUGAAUGGCCCAUCUUGAGACUGAGAUUUCGGUUAGGACGGGCUUUCAAAUCAGAUCUCCUCAAUAUGGUCUAGCUUCAUCACCUUCAGUUACUGGUUCCAGUUGUGUUCUUGUUUUUAUGUUGAAAACAUAAGGAUACAAUAUAUGUUGUAAGAUUUAAUUGUUGCCAAACAACACUUUUGUUCUAAUAAUGUAGAAUCCCUGUAAUAAAGGCAGAACUAUGUAAUUUGAAUGCAGAGUUUUUUUUUUAUGAAACAUGAGGGGUGUGACCCCCUAGUGGAAUA